AUGCAUAGUUGUCCAUACUGUACUAGUUUUCUUGGUAGAAGCUUCAAAAAGUUAUUACAUCAUAUCAAAUUUAUUCACAGUCAUGAACCAAACUUUAGCAUCACAUGCAGACAAUGCGGCCAGUCAUUUCGAAAAUUCAAUUCGUUCAAAUCCCAUAUCCAGAGAGAAGAGAAGAAGAAUGCACUGUUAAAUUUUGCGAACGUAAGUGAGCAAGGCGAUGAAGACGUAGAAGAUGAAAACUCUGAUGAAGAAGAUGGAGAAGACAACGAUUCAAAUGAAGACACAAACUACGUCGACGAUAUGACAAGAUUCUUGGCACUGUUUAUUUUAAAAACCAAAGAAGAAAAUCAACUAAGCCAACAGACAAUCAAUGCUAUUCUUGACAAUACAGGAGACCUAGUGGACAGUAGCUUAGUGGAAAUGAAAAACAAAGUGGUGGCAUGCCUUCAAAGCAGUGGAAUAGAAAUUGCUGAUGUUGAGGGCCUAUCUGGAGUACUUGAUGAGCCAAGUAUCUACUCCCAAGCAAAACAACGUUUGCAGAAUGAAUACCAACAGAUGAAGUACUUUGUUGAGAAUUUUAACUUUGUGGUAAGUCCUUAGCUUAUGUCCAGGCUUUAAUAGAUGUGAUUAGAAGAUAUGGGACAAAUUAAUGUAUUUUAUCACUUGUGUUAACUUGCUUUAAAGUCAUCUUAAUUAGCCUUCUUAUAAACACAUGCAUUACCAAAAUAAUAUAAAUAUAUUGAUUAUUAUGCUGAUAUGAGUUUUAAUAUAUAUAGGAGCCACAGGAAGUCAUCCUCAAUCAAUAUGCUGAAUAUCGCUAUCUGCAAGGCAAGCAAAAACUCUGCCUGGUCAAGGAAACAUUUCAUUACAUCUCGAUACUGAAAACCCUACAAUCUUUGCUCAAUCAGGCAGAUGUUUUAUGUGAGGUAAGCAUCCUAUUUGAUGUAUGUAGAACAGGGAAUAUAACAGGAACUGCAGAGAUGGGUAGGGUUAGGUUUGCAUUUUCUGAUGUUAGCGCCCCCCCCCCCACACACACACACACACACUUGUUAGGAUGCUGUGCAGUCCCUGUAUAGAGCAGCUUUCGUAUGACUGUGAAAAGUUCAGUGCCGUGAACGUGUCGUGUCGUAACGUAGGAUUUUAAUUGGCUGGAUUUUCUUUUUUGCGCGAUGUGAUUGGCUAAGCAGUGCCGUGUCCGCGUAGUGACAGUGUCCGUGCAGUGUUUCGUGCCAUGUUUCUUGCAUUUGAUUGGACGAGGAGUGCGUGUCUUGCAGUGACCGUGAUGUUUUCUAGAUUUUUAAUUGGCUGACUCCUUCCCAUGACAUUGUUCAUGCCGUGAACGUUUCACAGUCAUACGAAAACUGCACUAAUAGUUAUAUUGAAACACUUCAGUGUAUGGGUUACAUGUUUUAUGGAGGAACUUGGGUGUGGUGAUUUGGAAAACUCUUAGUUUUUGUGACAAUUUAGAUAUCAUUUUGAAGUUGACAAUAUUGAAUCAAUACCAUUAUUUUACAUGACAGUCCCUCUAAUAACAAAUUACUUGUGGCACAUUUCAAUAAUUUGGGUACUUUUUGUAGGUUAUGAAUGGUCAUUCCUCAAAUGAUGGAAUUCUAAGAGACUAUUGUGAUAGUGAACAGUACAAAAUGCAUGCUCUUUUUGGACAACCUGGUAAUGCACUACUUCUUCAUUGUUACUAUGAUGAUUUUCAAGUAACAAACCCGCUUGGAUCAAAGACAAAAAAACAUAAAAUAGGUAUGCUUUUCAAUCAUGUAUUUACAGGCAUGUAA